UUCUAAACGAUUAGGAAUCAAUUCUAAAUGAGUUCUGAAUAUUUAGUUAGCGUUUAAGCGCUAAAUCCGUUACUUCGAUUAGCCCAGAAGGGAUUUUGCACAGAAUGAAACGGACAUUUUGGAUCUUUCAUUAUUGUUUAAAAAUUUGAAUUUCAUAUGAAUAUUAAAUUAUGUAGAUAGUAGUUUAGAAAACUUAAAAAAAAUUUGAGUAAACAAAAAUUGAGUUAACAGAUGUUUUAGGAGGAUUAACUUUUUGAUAAUGACCUUUAGACAUGCUUGUUUGUAUAUUAAAACAUGCUUGUUACCAUAUUUAAAAUCGUUAUUUAGUCUGAUUUUAUAAUGGCAUAAAAAACUAUACUUAGACUGUUAUUAAAAUAGACUAUUAGUCUAUAAUAAUUCGCAUAAAUAUCACAAAAAUUUGAAAAAAGGUUUAGUUAUGAAAGUUAUUAAGAUUGGUAUUAUUUAAUUGAAUUGAAGCAGUUUGUAUUACAGAAAAAAGUGGUUUUACAAGAUUUGAAAUAGUUUGUAUCAAACCAAGAAGUAGUUAAAAGAUUGCAAAAGAGAUCAUUCGUAUGAGUGCAAAAGCAGAGUAUAUGCGAAAAUAUAGAAAAGUUGUUAAAGAUGCAAAUAAUUGCUUUAAAUGUGAACCUCCUGUGUUAUCAAAUUCUUCAACUAAUGCAGAAAAUUUAUUCGCUUUAUCUUCUAUUGCAAAUAAUAUAACUGAUAAUUUAUUUAAUAGUGAUACCUAUAGACUUGACAUUGACAUAGUACCACCUUACAGUAGUUCCGAUGAAGAAAAUUGUGAUAUAGAUGAUAUUGACAUCGACAUAGUACCACCUAAUAGCAGCUCAGACGAUGAACAUUAUUGUGAUAUAGAAGUUGUUGGCAAUAGAUCUUUUCAAUACGAUCUAGCUCAAUGGGUUGUUAAUGCAAAACUCACACGUUUAUCAUGUAAUGGUUUGCUAGCCUUGUUGAGAAAACAUGGGUGCGAGCUGCCUAAAGAUAGCCGUACUCUUUUACAAACACCUCAAGCUAUACAGGUUCAGGAAAAAUGUGGUGGAAAAUACAUUUAUUUUGGCCUUACCAAAUGUUUACAGAAUUCAAUAAAUCAAGGCACUUGCAGCAAUAUACUCAAUCUGCAAAUAAAUGUUGACGGUAUAUCAUUGUUUAGAUCAUCGAAAAGACAAUUUUGGCCGAUUCUUUCUGCUGUUAAUCAUAGUUCACCCACAAUUGUUGCCUUAUAUCAAGGAGAUAGUAAGCCAAACUGUGUUAAAGAAUUCUUAAAGGAUUUUAUUGAUGAAUAUAAAUUUUUAAAAUGUAAUGGUGUCACUCAUGAUGGUAAAAAUUAUACAGUUAUUUUGCACUCAGUUAUUUGUGAUGCUCCAGCAAGAUCUUUUCUGAAAAAUAUUGUUGGUCACAAUAGCCUGCAUGCAUGUGAACGCUGUCUUGCUGUUGGUACAUCAACUAACAGGCGAACAACGUUUGUUUCUUCUGAUUGCUUCAAUGCUGGAAGGCGUACAGAUGACAGUUUUAAAAAUCUUGAAUUCCUUAGAAGUCAUCAACACGGAGCUUCGCCUUUCAAUGAAAUAACAGACCAAUGUAUCAGCAUUUUUCCACUUGACUAUAUGCAUUUGAUAUGCUUAGGUGUUGUACGUCGUAUACUUCAAACAUUGAAAAAAGGUAAUAGAAAAGUGAAAUUAAGCAACAACAACAUAUUGCAAGUUUCUGAAAACCUUUUGGAUUUACGAAAAUGCAUACCAAGUGAGUUUGUUAGACGCCCUAGAUCUUUGUUGGACCUUGAUAGAUGGAAAGCCACUGAAUUCCGGCAAUUCUUAUUAUACACAGGGCCUAUUGUCUUAAAGAGAAUUUUGAAUUCUGAGCUUUACAAACAUUUUUUAACACUUUCUGUUGGUGCAUCAAUUCUACUCACACCAUCAAAUGACAAAAGAAAUAACAUGUUGAACUAUGCAAAAGAUUUGCUUAGACAUUUUGUUGAGAAUUCUCAAAAAUUAUAUGGUAAUGAUUUUGUUGUAUACAAUAUUCAUCAUUUGCUGCAUAUAGGAGAUGAUGUAGAGUUUUUUGGUUUACCACUUGAUGAGAUCAGUGCUUUUCCUUUUGAAAAUUAUCUGCAAACAUUAAAAAGAUAUGUAAGAGGCUCUUCAAAUCCUGCUGUACAAGUAGCAAAAAGAAUUCAAGAAUAUGAAAAUGCCCAUAAAUACUCUGAAAUUACAAAUGCAACAACACCGGUCUUUAAAUUGUCAACAACAUAUAGAGAUUCAUUUGCACAACUAAAAAAUGGACAAUUUGUGGAGGUAUAUGAGGUUUUAAAAGAUUCAUAUAUGUGUUAUGUGUUCAGUUUUGCUAAUUUGCAUCCAUUUUUUAUUGAGCCAUGCUCAUCUGACCUUUUAGACAUUUAUUUUGUGAACAAUACUUAUAAGCAUUCUAAAUCGAAGAAUGUGAAAUUUGCAGAAAUCGAGAAAAAGGCUAUGAAGUUUCCCUGUAAUGGUGGCUUUGUGUUAAUGCCUCUUCUUCAUUCAAAAGAGUGCUAAAUUAUUUUACUAAUAAUACUAUUAUGGUUAACUUAAUCAAAGGCAACAGAAAAUUAUCCAUCGAACAAUUGAAAUAAUUUUAGUCUUGAGUUAAAUUAAAGUUGAUAAAUACAUAUUCAAAAACA